AUGGACACUGAGCAGGCGCGCCGGGCAUUGGUUGUUUACGGUUCCGAGACAGGAAACGCCCAAGACGUCGCUGAGGAAUUGGGAAGGCUCGCCGUGCGCCUGCGAUUCGACACCGAGGUCGCGGAGCUUGAUGCCGUUACCCUUAAACAACUUCUGCAAUUCGAUGUCGUGCUGGUUGCAAUAUCAACGAGCGGCCAGGGUGAAUUGCCACCAAAUAGUCAGAAAUUCUGGAGAGCAAUCCGCAGUGCACGACUUCGCCCAGGAUGUCUUCAGCAGAUGAAGUUUGCUUCCUUCGGACUUGGAGACACUUCGUAUCCAAAGUUCAACUGGGCGCAUCGAAAGCUGUAUAAUCGUCUGAUACAGCUUGGAGCUCAGCCCAUAUGCGAUCGUGGCGAAAGCGAUGAACAGCAGCCAGAGGGAAUUGAUGGAGCCAUAAUCCCAUGGUCGAACAAACUCCGCCAACGUCUCCUCGAGGAGUACCCACUUCCAGAAGGCCUCGAACCUAUACCAGACGAUGUCCUUCUUGACCCGAACUGGAUCCUCGACUUUGCAGACCAAAAUGGAACUUCGGAGCCAGAGACCGAUUCAAUCGACGUCUCUACACCAACAAAUGGCACCACACAACCACCUACAUCCGCAGACCUACCCCCACCCGACCUCCUCUCCAUCCCCAACGGCCUCACUGCAACAAUAACCUCCAACGAUCGCAUCACCCCCACCACCCACUGGCAAGACGUCCGUCACCUCAAGCUCUCCACCCCUCCCUCAGCCACCUACAUCCCCGGCUCGACCCUAACAAUCUACCCAAAGAAUUUCCCCACCGACGUCUCCGAAUUCCUGCGCAUAACGGGUUGGACCCCCAUCGCCGACCGGCCCCUACACUUCCUCCCAACAAACCCCAAGUCAACCGCAACCAAACCGCCAAUUACCGUCGACGGCACAUUAACACUGAGAAAGUUGUUGACAAAUCACCUCGACAUCCUCUCCAUUCCCCGCCGCUCCUUCUUCGCGCACCUCGCACACUUCACCACGGACGAAUUCCAACGCGAGCGCCUGCUCGAAUUCACCGAUCCCCAGUACAUCGACGAGUUGUACGACUACACCACGCGUCCGCGGCGCAGUAUCCUCGAGGUCCUGCAGGAAUUCGAAACCGUGCGAGUGCCCUGGCAACGGUAUAAAACCGUCAUCAAGAAGAUCAGAGAGGGUGUGUGUACGCGCUACAUCGCGUCUUUGUCCCCCGGCACGCAGAUCACUGUAACGCUACAAAAAGGUGCGUUGGGCGUUACACAGAAGGACGUUGAGAGGCCCGUGGUCAUGGUGGGUCCGGGGACGGGCGUGGCGCCGAUGCGCAGUCUGAUAUACCAGCGGAUGAUGUGGAGGGAGGAACUCGGGAUCGAAAAACCAGAGCGGGAUUUAUUGUUCUUUGGAUGCAGGAAUCACGAGGCUGAUUAUUUCUUCAAAGAGGAGUGGGAGGGGUUGAGGGGGGAGGAGAAGCCGUUGGAUGUUUUUGUGGCGUUUUCGAGGGAUCAGAGGCAGAAAGUCUACGUACAGGACCUAGUUCGAGAGCAGAGCGCGAGCGUGUACGAUGCCCUUGCGAACAAGAACGGCAUUGUGUACAUCUGCGGCUCGUCGGGUAAGAUGCCGCAAGCCGUCCGCGAGGCCCUGAUUGAAGUGUUUGGAAACCACGGGGAAUUGUCGAGGGAAGACGCUGAGAAGUAUCUCGUGGGCAUGGAGAAGGAAGGGCGGUAUAAGCAAGAGACGUGGUAGAACGGACAUGUUCUGUUUCGAUGAGUAUUGUGUAUAAUAGAUUCCCACUCUAUCUAUGAUUUACGAAGCGUGU